AUGCUGCGGUGGGAUGAGGACAAGUGGGUUUUGCAGCAGCAGCGGCUCCAGCGCGAUGGCGGUGGAGGCGGUGAAGGUGGUGAAGGUGGCGGCAAUGGUGGGGAGGUGUGGGUGCCGUGGACGUCUGUGAGGGAUGGAGUGAGCGAGGAGGGGAGUGGGGACAGCAGUGCUGUGAUGAAGCGCAUUGUAGACCUGUGCCUGAGGCCGCCGGCGUCGGCGAGCGACGCUGUGCUUGAGCACUUUCACCAGGACGACACACUCAACAGCCUGAGACAGGCAGCGCAAGCGCAAGCAGGCAUCCCCGAGGCCGGCGAAGGCGCGCCGCCCGAGACACCGUCAAGCACCUGCAAACCGAGUAAGCGUAUCGCUGCGUUUGUCUCCAAUGUUACAGCCCUACACACAUGGCUGAGCGGCACAUUUUCACAAUGGCUCGAUGCCCAGCAGCCCGCCAACUUGACCGCAGCCAGCAACAACAUGCAGCUCCUCCCCAGCAUCCUCGCUGCCCAGCUUGCUUUCGAGCACUCACUGUGGUUCAGAGGGAAGAAAGCCGCCUCGUUUCCAUGGGACAAGCUGUGUACGCACCUCUACCCAGAUGCAAAGCGAGGUGUCUUGUCCCCCAAGGAGUAUGUUGUAUCGCAGCACAUGCAAGGCGUCCUCACUUUGCUUGAUUAUCAGCACAUUCUUCAGCGACGAUAUUGCCUGCCCGCCGCCCUUGCCGCCAUCACCACCACCCGCUUUCCCUUCAUGGGACAGUACAUUUCCUUUGUGGUCCCGCUCUUACUCAACAUCAUCAACAACGAGGAGGCGUUAAAAGCAGAUGCCGUACGAGCGCUGCACCACUUCCUGCGCGAAGUCAAUCCCGCCGACAUCCAAUGGAACGGGCUGCACCAGGCGAUCUUCAAGGAGGUGUCGACGCUUCUGUACAGGACAGAGCCUGCCGUUGUUGCUACCGCGUGGCCGUGCGUUGCCACCCUACUGCCAAUCCUCCAACGCCCACCUUCCUCCAUGCAAGAUUCUGUUUAUGACGAAGUGUGGAUGCGCGUGCUGUCGUUCUCGACGUUUGAGGCAGCACCACGGAAGCAGCUCGUUAUUGCUCGCGCAAUCACCCCUCUCAUCAAGGUGAGUGGGGUGUAUUGUGUGCUGCACACGCGUGCAAUUCUGCAGCUGCUGAGCGGGAUGGUUGCGCCAAAGCGCUCGCCCGCGCCAACCACUACCAGCACCGCCAUUGGCAACAAUGGUGUCGACGCUGUUGCCGGUGGCGAUGACGAGGACGAUGAGGAUGGGAUGCAUGCGGGUGUGUUGGAAGCAGCCGUGCAUGCGCUCUUGGCGUUUUGUGAUCAGACACACGCACGCCCAUCGCGGCAAAAGGCACAGGCAAUUCAAACCGCUUAUGAUGUUGUUUGCGCCCGGCUGUCUUCAUCGCCAGCAAGUGCAGCACACCACGACUUGCACACACUCAAGACGGCACUUGCCUCCCACCUUUCCUCAUCGUCUUGACUCUCAUAAUGCUCCAACCUGAAGGUUUGUUAGUUAGGCGUAUCAUGCACGUUACACACACACACCCACACACCCACACACAGAGAGACGUAACGGGUGCUUGCACAUUCAUUCUCUUGUUGUUUCGGUGUAUGCUUGUAUUUGGAUCGAUCAAACCACAGUCACAUCACAACAAACGCUCGAAAGUAUCGCUUUCGUCUCUCAAUGAACACAUGGAACCCAA